UCGCCUUCGCAAGCACGAAGCGAGCGGGAGGAGCACGCAACACAGCCAAGCAAGCCUGCCAACCCUCCGUGCUGCGUGCAACGAACAGCAACCACAAGACGUGGAGCAACCGAGUGAGCGAGCACUGGUGUGCACUGGGCGGUUGGUUCACUGGGCGAAGAAGUGGCACGGGCGAGAACCCUGCGGCCCCAGCUCCGCGAACAACUUGGCAAAGAGAGUGCAAAGCAGACAGACACACACCGCCGUAUCGUGCGCGUGUUCACAGUCUCACACUAACGAGGAUAUGGGUGACGUGGAACGAGGCGGGGUGCGGCCAGCAUUGGCUGAAGAUGCAAAGGAGGCGUGGGAGAUGGUGGCAGCAUCGCCAACGGACCGCACAGAGGCACAGCGCGUCGCAAGACGCACGGCCAUGCCAGACAGCAUGCGCGGGCGGUGCUGGCUUCGACUGAGCGGCGGCAGCCGGCUCCUGGAGCGGGAGCCGCGGGCCUUUGACGAAGCGCUCGCCGCAGCGUGCACGACAGACCCAAGCCUCCUCCCCACCAACAGCAACAGCAACACUGACACAGCCACUGACACGACCACUGCAGCUGACAGCACCAGCAGCAACGAGGCAAGUUCUUCUUCACCUGCUGCUGCUGUGCUUGCUGCGCCGAGCGCAGAGGAGGUGACUGCCAUGGGCCAGCUAUUUGGGUGCAGCUAUGACUACCUGAGGCUGACCACAACCCCGCAGCAGCAGGUGUCGUGCGUCCGCGUCCUCAAGUGCCUGCACGAGCGCCAUCCAUCGACGACGCUGUGCCCGGUCGCGCCGUUCCUCACCGCCAUGUGCCUGCACUGGAUGGACGAGCGCGACGCGUUUGCCACCGUAUCUGCCCUCAUCACGCGGCGGCAGCUCAUUGACACGCGCGCCGGAUCAUGGGCGCGGCUGCAUGCGCUGGACACCAUCGCGCGCCGGUGCAUGCCGGAUCACUACCGAACCUUCUGCGCGCACUUUGGGCUCGACGAGAAGGCGCACCCGUUGACGCAGCAGCACCCGCUGGUCGGCGGCGUGCUGUCGUGGUUUGCCGACGACCUCCCCUUCUGGACCGUGGUCAGACUCACUGACAUCUUCAUGGCAGAGGGCCGCAAGAUCCUGUACAAGGCUGCGCUGGCCGUGGUUGAGUCGUGGUAUCUGUUCCACAAGGGCACCGUGCUUCGCGUCCGCGCAGGCCUGGCGUCGCGUCUUGUCACGCGCAUGUUCCACCGGCGGUCGUUCAACAAGGAUGCGCGCGUGCUGUGCGAGGAGUUGCGCUAUAGCGGGUGCAGCGAUAUGGGGCGGACGAGUCGCAGCAGCAGCUUCCACGAGCUGCGGAACCCUGGUCCAGGCAUCCGGGGCCCGUCCGUGCCAUCCCUCUCCGCACCAACCAGCCCUCUCGGUGGCAAGGUGUCAGGCGGUGGUGGUGGUGUUGGUGGUGGUGGCAGACGUGUUGAUGGUGAUGGUGGUGGUGGCAGACGUGUUGAUGGUGAUGGUAAUGGAGGUGUGCAGCAUGUGCUGGGUGAUGCCUACACGGGCGAGAAGAGCGGGUCGAUAUCUGGGCGGCGGCGAAACAGCGACGCGGGCGAAGCAAAACGCCGCAUGUCACAGCAGCAGCAGCAGCAGCAGCAACAACAACAACAACAACAACAACAACAGCAGCAGGUGAAGGUGGGUGACAGUGACGAUACCACAGUAGACAGUGCUGGCAAUGCACGUAAUAGCAGCAGCAAUGACACCAGCAGCGGCGAUGGCGAUGGUGAUGGUGAUGGUGAUGAUGGUGAUGAUGAUAACGAAACCAUGCGUGCGUGGCGGGAGGCGGAGCGCCAGCGGCAGCGGCAGCGGCGACGGCACCUGGUAGCCCCGACAGCGAGCCAGUCUGCACUCAAGGCAACAGCAGCCAGCGUCAUCGACUGCAACGCGUUUGUCGAGAUGUGCAUGUCGUUCAAGUUUCAGCGGCAGCAUCUGCACAGUUUGGAGGAGCAAGGCCUGCUGUUGGCGCCAGAGGUGUUUCGCCAGCUCGGAAAAUCGGUCUUUGUGGAUGAAAGCGCCGAACAUGCAAGCAGCUAUCACGGCCGCGUGCGUCUGCCGGAUACGCCGGGCCUGGAUCAUCCGUGUGACAUCAUGGCCAAGAAUGACUGGGCGCCCGUGUGGCGGGAAGUGCCCAUGCGUCACCGCCUCGACUCCCUCGUCUGCAUCUUCGACUCGCACGAGCACGGGCACAGUUUCCACUCGCUGUUGUCGCGAUCGCGAACGGCGUCACCGCUUCUUCUUCUCAUUCGCACGGACGCCGGCAGCACCAUCGGUGCAUAUCUCACUGCAGCGUGGAACGACUGCAUCAAGGCGACCGACUAUCAGGGCACGGGCGAGUCGUUUGUGUUCUCCAACACGAGUGGAGCCAUGACCGUUUACCCGUGGUGUGCAGAUGCAGAUGACUAUGUUGAUGAAGACCCGCCGUCGCUGUUCGUGACGAUCAUCGGUGACUCCAUCUGCGUUGGUGGGGGUCCUGAUGGUCAUGCCAUUGAGCUGGACAACGACCUCUCCCGUGGCGUGUCCUCUGCAUCGACCACGUUUGCAUCGCCCCCGCUUGUGGACGGCACAUCACUGAGGCGACGGUUUGCGUGCGCGCGUGUGCAGCUGUGGUGUCUUGGCAGCAGGCAGCCCGCAUGA